AACCGUACGUUUUAUAUAUAUGUAUACAAAUGUCACCAUUUAUUAACCUACCCCUAUUCUUCUUCUUGUACUCUGCCAAACAACCAUAAGACUGAAAGGAGGUCCUAAAUACAGAGGAGACCAAAAAUGGAAGCUGAAUAUGGAAAAUCAUCCUCUGUAAAGACUCCAUUGAUAGAUGACCGAGAAAAACAGAGUAUUCUUGAUGAAGAAAGAAAAAAUGGUGGUGGUUUUAGCAAGGAAGAGAUUGUUGAGGAAGUGAAGAGACAAGUAUGGCUAGCAGGACCUUUAGUGAGCGUUAACCUUUUGCAGUUUUCUUUACAGCUUAUAGCCAUUAUGUUUGUGGGUCAUCUUGGAGAAUUGCCCCUUUCUGGUGCUUCCAUGGCUAACUCCUUCACUUCUGUUACUGGUAUCAGUCUAUUGAUGGGGAUGUCAAGUGCAUUGGACACAUUUUGUGGACAGUCUUAUGGAGCAAAACAGUAUCAUAUGCUUGGCAUUCACAUGCAGAGAGCUAUGAUUAUACUUUCACUUGUAAGCAUACCUCUUGCAGUCAUUUGGGCAAACACGGGCCAUAUUCUCAAGUUUUUAGGCCAAGAUCCUAGUAUAUCUGAUGAAGCUGGUCAUUAUGCCUUGUAUUUUAUCCCUGGUGUUUUCGCUUACGGCUUGCUUCAAUGUGUUGUGAGAUUCUUACAAACACAAAGUAUUGUCAUCCCUAUGGUGUUAUGUGCUGGAGUUACAACCUUAAUCCACAUAGUUGUCUGUUGGGUUUUGGUCUUCAAGACUGGACUUGGUGUCAAAGGAGCUGCUCUGGCAAAUUCAAUCUCUUACUGGCUUAACUUCUUGUUUUUGGCUCUUUAUAUCAAGUUUUCUCCUUCAUGUGUGAAAACAUGGACAGGACUGUCGAAAGAAGCUCUGAAGGAUAUGCUUACUUUCAUUAAACUUGCGGUUCCCUCGGCCAUCAUGGUUUGCUUAGAAAUGUGGUCGUUUGAGCUAAUGGUUCUGCUUUCUGGCCUCCUUCCAAAUCCACAGCUGGAAACCUCAGUGCUCUCAAUCUGUCUUAAUACAGCUGCAACAGUUUGGAUGAUCCCUUUUGGGCUGAGUGGUGCUGUGAGUACACGGGUCUCAAAUGAACUAGGAGCAGCUCAUCCUCAACUUGCACGUUUGGCGCUGUACGUUGUCUUAGCUGUGGCUGUUAUGGAGGGGCUUGUGUUGGGAUUGGUCAUGAUAUUAAUACGUAAAGUAUGGGGAUAUGCUUACAGCAACGAAACUGAAGUUGUUAGAUACAUAGCCAUCAUGAUGCCACUUCUUGCAACAUCAAAUUUCUUGGAUGGCCUUCAAUGUGUUCUCUCAGGUGCUGUAAGAGGAUUUGGAUGGCAGAAAAUUGGGGCAAUCAUUAACCUUGGAUCCUAUUAUUUGGUGGGAAUACCUUGUGCUGUCUUGUUGGCCUUUUAUCUUCACAUUGGUGGGAAGGGAUUAUGGUUGGGUAUUAUUUGUGCACUUCUAGUACAAGUGUUGUCUCUUCUUUUCAUUACCCUACGCACCAACUGGGAAGAAGAAGCAAAGAAGGCUCAAGAGAGAGUGGAAGAAACAACAUUACCAGUGGAGAUAGUGUACUGAAUUGAACAAAAGAGAUUUUUGACCCGUUUGACGUAUGGUUUAACGUCUAAGAACUCUAAUUCAAUUUUGUAGCUCUGAUAUGUGGCAUAUUAUGGACUAAAAAUCAAUGGCUUUUACUAUCUUAAUAAAAGUUUAAGUUACUUCUCCAAAUAA